AUGUACCCUGCAACUACUGUACUUCUUCUAUUUUCCACACCUGUCCUUUGCAGCAAUAUACUCGGAGUGUUCUUCUUUCCCUCAAUUAGUCACCAAAUCGUUUUCCAAUUAAUAUGGAAAGAAUUAUCCUUGAGAGGUCACAACGUCACGGUGGUAACACCCGACCCUUUAAACGACCCCUCUUUAACAAACCUGACUGAAAUUAGUGUUCGCUUCACCUACGACAUUUUAAAACAAUCCAAAAUCGAGGAAGUGUAUUCAAAAGACUCAAAUGUUUUUCAGAGACUGAUUCCUGCGUACCGCCUCAUCGAUUUUAUUGUUGAAGCCGAACUGAACAGUUCUCGUUUCAAAGAACUAAUAGCUGACCAAUCAAAUCAUUUUGAUUUGGUUUUGGUAGAAGGUUUUCAUCCCGCUGUGUAUGCGUUAGCUGGAAGGUUCAAAGCACCUGUCAUUGGAGUUGCUACUUUUGGACUAACGGCAGUCCAUUACAACACUGUUGGUGAUCCCUCACACCCAAUACUAUACCCAGAUGUUUUAUUUGGUUUCCACAAUGUCGAUAAAUCGCUGUGGAGCAAAAUUGAAAGCGCUGUGUGGAGUUUGUGGUCAUGGUACCACCACCAUUAUAUUUUGGUACCGAGAUCUCAAGGUAUUGCAGAAAGGUAUUUUGGGGAGAGUGUGUCGUACAUAGGUGCUCUGGAAGCGAGUCAAAGUAUGCUUUUUAUGAAUCUAAACCCUGUCGUGUACCCGCCAAAGCCUAAUGUACCUGCUAUAGUGGAAAUGGAUCAAAUGCACAUUAAACCGGCGAAACCACUACCUGAGGAUUUGCAAAAAGUAUUAGACGAGGCUGUCGAAGGUGUGGUUUACUUCAGUUUAGGCUCGAAUGUUAAAAGCACAAAUUUAAAUGAAAAACUAAGGAACACCAUAAUGGGAGCAUUGUCUGAACUCCCUUACAAAGUUCUGUGGAAAUGGGAGUCCGAUUACUUACCUGGAAAACCAAAGAACGUGGUCACAAGAAAGUGGUUUCCACAACAAGAUCUCCUUGCACAUCGAAAUAUUCGUGCUUUUUUCACACAAGGCGGUCUUCAAUCAAUUGAAGAAGCAGUCUUUAGAGGGGUACCACUCAUUGGAAUGCCUUUCAUGUGUGAACAGCCAAUGAAUGUCCAGAGUAUCGUAGACCAAGGGAUCGGACUAGGUGUUGAUCCAGUUACUGUGAGCAAGGAAGAACUAAAAAAUUGUAUAAUUGAGGUUGCUGAAAAUAGCAAAUAUAAGAAACGAACCGAGGAACUUCGUGACGUUUUGUACGACAAGCCCAUGACGGGACUGGAAAAAGUUGUUUGGUGGGCUGAGUACGUUAUAAGGCAUAAGGGAGCAAUACAUUUGAGGAGCCCAGGCGCUGAUUUUUCUUGGUUUGACUAUUUAUUAGUGCAAGUUGUCUUAGUAGUAACUGUUAUCAUUAGUACUAUAAUUUAUUUCUUGUAUAAAGUAUGGUCAUAUAUAUUAAAUAAAAAACUCAAUAAACCAAUUUAA